AUCGCGAUUUUAGGAGAACGUCUUAAAAAUUUUAAGCAGUAUGGGCAAUUUUCUCAAUACAGUCAUCUUACUCGCAAUUUGUGUGUGUUCAAUUGUGGAAGCAGAGAAUUAUGGUGAUUCUAUUUCAAAUGCCAAUCAUACCGAUAAGUGCUUCAAACACCGACUUUCAAACUUUCCAUGUUCAAGCACGAUUAUGGGAAACCUUCUCCUUAUUGUUUUCUAUGGUGUAAUAUUGAUUGUUGCUGCAAAAUUGAUUUCAGACGGUGCCGAGUUGUUGUUAGAUCUAGGAUUACAUGCAGGAAUCAUUGGAGGUAUCGUUCUGCCUUUGCUUGGAGUUGUACCGGAUGCUGCUAUUAUUGUCGUUUCUGGUUUGAAACCAGACGCACAAUAUCAGAUCUCUGUUGGCAUGGGGACUCUAGCUGGCAGCACGAUAAUGUUGUUGACGCUUUCGUGGGGCGGGAGUUUGUUCAUCGGGAGAUGUGACUUGGAUAGCAAUGGUGAAGCAAUUGAAGGAACUGGAAAAGGAAUUAAUUGUUUGAAGCAGGGCGUUACUCUCCUUCCUUCUGUGCAGAAAUCCUCAAACAUUAUGCUUAUUACAUCACUUCUUUAUCUUGUGGUUCAAAGUGCGGACUGGCAUUGGGGUCCCAAGAAAUAUCCUCCCCAUGAUCCACCUCAACCAAAGUAUGUGAAAGAUUCUGCGUUGGCGACUGUCAUUUUGUGUGCCAUAUCUUUUGUUGCCUACCUUGCUUUUCUGGUAAGUGGUAAUUUUACACACGUUCGAAAAUGUUAUGGGACAGCCACGGAUAAAGAGAGGAGCAAAGUAGUUGUUGCACUCAAAUGUUUCUUCAUGCUGUGUGGUGGUGUUGCCAUGGUGACGAUAUUCUCUGAUCCGAUGUGCGAUGUUCUCAGUGGUAUAACGAAUAAAGCCAAUGGUGACAAUGGGGGCAGCUACAUCAACAUAAGUCCCUUCUACGUGUCGUUUGUUGUCACACCAAUAUGCUCGAACGCUUCUGAGCUGGUGUCAUCGCUUCUUUUCGCUGCCAAGAAAAAGAAAGAAAACGUGUCUAUUACUUAUGCCCAGUUGUAUGGGGCAGCAACAAUGAACAACACUAUGUGCUUGGGCAUCUUUUGUGUACUGGUUUAUAUAAAAAACCUGGAGUGGUAUUACUCGGCAGAAGUCACGGUGAUCUUGCUUGUACAAUGGCUCGUGUUUGUCAUGGGUUUCCCCUUGACCUAUAAGUUAUGGAAAGUCGUUCCCGUCGCUUUCCUUUACGUAUUUUCUAUCAUUCUUAUUGCAAUCCUGGAAAGCACUGCUGUUGGAUGGAAAUGAUGAAGAUAAAUUUCUUUUAGUUUUUUUAUUUACUAAUCAAAGUUGUCACAGUAUUUUCUAUAGGUAACACGUUCUGCUAUGUAUAGAGAAUGUUCC